AUGAAAUUAGGAUACAAUGAAAUAAUGAUAACAUCAAAGUAUUUUGAUGAUAUUAAUGAUUUUAUUAAUUUAGAAAUUGGUGUUAAAAGAUUUCAAGGAAAUAUGGAACGAUUUCGUUUUAAUCCAAUUCCUUUAAAUCAUUAUUCAAGAAAAUUGUUUCCUAAUAUUGAAACAUUUCAUAUUUAUAAUAGAAAAGAUGAAAUGUUUAACGAUGAAAAAAUAACCAAACAUGUAAUUUGGUAUUAUGUGGAUUAUUCAACGUAUUUAAAAGAAAAAGAAGAAUGGACUGAAUAUAAAAACAUUGGGUAUACACAGUCAGAUAGAAAUACAUAUGGAACUAAAAUACCAAAGGAAAUUAAAUCAAUUGGAGGUAGAUGCUUUGAGAAUUGUAUAUCAUUAAUAAAUGUUGUUAUUCCAUCUGGAGUUAGAGAACUUGGAUAUGAAUCUUUCUAUGAAUGUACAUCAUUAACAACAAUUAAUAUACCACCAACAGUUAGUAAAAUAGGAUAUUAUUGUUUUUAUGGAUGUUCAUCAUUAACAGGUAUUACUAUACCAAUACUAGUUAGUAAAAUAGAAAAUGAUUGUUUUAAAAAGUGUACAUCAUUAAGUAAAGUUAAUAUACCAACAAGAAUGAAAGAAUUGGGGUAUGAAUGUUUUAAAGAAUGUUCAUCAUUGAAUGAUAUUAAUUUACCAACAUCAAUUAGUAAGUUAGGACAUAAUUGUUUCUUAGGGUGUUCAUCAAUGAGUAAUAUCAAUAUUGAAGAUAUGAAAUUUAUUAGUAAAGAAAGAGUAUUUAUUAAUGAACCAAUGUUGAUCAGUUUUAAAUUACCAGAAAACUUACAAACAAUAAAUGGAAAAAGCAUUGAAAAGAAAGGUAUUAAUGAAUUUAUUAUUCCAUCAUUAAUUGAUAGAUUAGGAGAUUAUUGUUUUAGUGAAUGUUCUUCAUUAACAUCAAUUAAUAUACCAACAACAAUUACUAAAUUAGGUGAUCGAUGUUUUAAAGAAUGUGCAUCAUUAAAAUCAAUUAAUAUACCAACAACAAUUAGUGAAUUAGGAGAUGAAUGUUUUAGAGAAUGUGGGUCAUUAAAUAACAUAAUAAUACCAACAACAAUUAGUAAAUUAGGAGAUUAUUGUUUUUAUGGAUGUAGUUCAUUAGUUAAUAUUUCCAUACCAACAACAAUCAGUGAAUUGGGAGAGAAUUCUUUUCAUGGCUGUAUGUCAUUAGGCACUAUUAUUAUUCCAUCAUCUGUUAGUAAAAUAGGACGAUGGUGUUUCAAUGAUUGUUCUUCAUUGAAUAAUGUUAAUAUACCAACAUCAGUUAGUGUGUUAAGAGAUAAUUGUUUUAGAAAUUGUUCAUCAUUGACAAGUAUUAUUAUACCAAGUUCAGUUUGUGAAAUAAAAAGUAAUUGUUUUGAUGGAUGUUUAUCAAUCUUUGAAAUCAAUUUACCACCAACAAUUAUUGAGAUAGGAGCUUUUUGUUUUAGCAAAUGUUUAUCAUUAACAAAUAUUAAUUUACCAACAACACUUAAGGAAUUAGGAAAUGAUUGUUUUAGAGGAUGUACUUCAUUACAGAAUCUUGUUAUACCAACAUCAGUUCAUAAAUUAGAACACUACCGAUAA